CAAAACCCCAUAUAGAGCAAAAUCCCUUCAUUCCUCUCUCUCUCUCUCUCUCUCUCAUAUUUAUACUAUUAUAUUCUUCUCUCUAUAAACUAAACUAGACGGUGGGGUGGUUCUGACCGGUGAUCUUCUAAAGAUCCUGACUUUUUUCUGCUUUGGAAGUUAAAGGAACCGGCAUUAGAAAACAGACAAAUAUGGCUAACGCGGCAGCUAUUGCUGAGAGGGCAACUAGUGACACGUUGAUUGGUCCAGACUGGGCAGUGAACAUAGAGCUUUGCGAUGUCAUAAAUAUGGAUCCUGGGCAAGCAAAGGAUGCACUGAAGAUACUCAAGAAAAGAUUGGGGAGUAAAAACCCUAAGAUACAGCUCCUUGCAUUAUUUGUUCUGGAGACUCUUACCAAAAAUUGUGGGGAGAAUCUGUUUCAGCAGAUCAUCGAGCGGGAUAUUCUACGUGAAAUGGUCAAAAUAGUGAAGAAGAAGCCUGAUUUAAAUGUGAGGGAGAAAAUCUUAAUCUUGAUAGAUACUUGGCAAGAAGCCUUUGGGGGACCCAGGGGAAGGUUUCCCCAAUAUUAUGCUGCCUAUAAUGAGCUGAAGUCUGCUGGUGUAGAAUUCCCACCUCGAGAGGAACAUGUACCACUAUUCACCCCACCACAAACACAUCCAAUAGAGUAUUCUGUUUCUGCAUAUGAGGAAGCCGCUGUUCAGGCCUCUCUUCAGUCAGAUGCCUCUGGGCUCAGCUUGUCAGAAAUUCAAAAUGCUGAGGGACUUGCUGAUGUUUUGAUGGAAAUGCUUCGUGCUUUGGAUCCAAAGAAUCGUCAGGGUGUAAAGGAUGAGGUGAUCGCUGACCUUGUUGAACAGUGCCGUUCAUACCAAAAACGAGUCACAGUUCUUGUGAAUAAUACUGCGGAUGAGGAUCUUCUAUGCAAGGGAUUAGCACUGAAUGAUAAUUUGCAGCGCGUUCUGAAAAAGCAUGAUGAAAUUGCCAAAGGAACCCUGACAGUUGCAUUAGGGACAACAGAGACUCCAGUUGCACCUCCUCUUAUGAAUGUCAAUCACGAGGAUGAUGAGUUGGAAGAUGAUAUUGCUCAGUUAGCACACAGAUCAUCAAGGGAUACAUUGCAAGGACUGUCACGAAAGCCCAUUGCUGGAAAGAGUGAACCCACUUGGACCAAACCAAUUGUUCCUCCACCAUCAAUAACUAAACCUACUAGUUCUGACUCUGGUACGGUGGAUUAUCUAAGUGGGGAUUUCUAUGAAUCAGAACGGUCUUUGGGAAGAUCAGGAUCAACUCCUAUUUCUGCUCGGUCUCGGUCUAAUGGCCGAAACUCAACCCCUAACGUGAAACCCAAGUUGUCCACCUCCCCUCCGGACGAUUUGAUAAAUCCGACAGCAUCAAUGUUUUCUCCAAAAUCCCCAUACAAUGAACCUGUUCCAAAAAGCAAAUCUUCUGAUGAGUUGCCUCCGGCUCCUUGGGACGUUCCUGCCCCCGUCCCACUCCCGCCUCCACCUUCCAGGUAUAACCAGAGACAGCAAUUUUUCGAGCAAAACUCUUAUGGUCGUGGUGCCUCUCACUCGAGUAGUGGAUCUGGUUCUUCUUACGACAGCUUAGUCGGGCAAACUCAGAAUCUCUCUAUCAAAUCACCAGCCAAUACCCGACGGGAAAAUUCUACUGAAGAUGCACUGUUCAAAGAUCUGGUUGAUUUUGCAAAAGCCAAGUCCUCAUCUCCUAAACCUAAUAGGUCAUUUUAAGUGAGCAGAAAUUAUUUGGAUGGUCUAGAGUGAGCAUUGAUCCAUCAAAAUAGCCUUCUUUUCUGAAAGUUUCUGCACCUAUAAAUAAAGAUUUAUGGAAACUUGGUUUAUUUAUAAGUAGCAAUGGUUGAUUUAUAAGUAGCAAUAUGUGAGUAAUUUGUUUUGAUGAUUUGGAAGCUCUGGUCUAUGUAUAGCUGGUUAACGUUUUAGCUGAGCUGAACUAUGUUUAUUUGUAUGUAUAUUGUCUUAUUUUUUGACUGCACAACUGGCUUCUAUUAUUUAUAGUACAUUUAGGUUGGACGGCAUAAAUUAUUUUUAUCU